AUGCGCCGAUCGGGAGCCAUUCUAGCCCAAGUUAAACGUGUUUUGCGCCAGGCGAUUAAACCCGGUGUGAGCACCGAGCAGUUAGAUAAGCUGGCUAGCCAGACGAUUGCUAAACUGGGAGGUCAACCCAGUUUUUUGGGCUACCAGGGCUACCCUAAAACGAUUUGUGCUUCGGUCAACGAGCAGAUGAUUCAUGGCCUACCUAACUCGCGCCAGUUAGCCGCGGGUGACCUACUUAAAAUUGACGUAGGCGUCAAAUACCGCGGUUACCACGCCGACAGCGCUUUCACGGUUGAGCCCGGCGCUCGCGUGGGCGAUAUUGAAAAUGCCAUCGGGUCUUAUGUGCGCGGACAAGGUUUGUGCGUUCCGAGCGACUACAGCGGCCACGGAAUCGGACUCGCUCUUCACGAAGAGCCCUCGAUCUUUAACGACGGAUUAGCCGGACGCGGGCCGCUUUUGCGCGAUGGAAUGACGAUUUGCAUCGAACCGAUGAUUUUGCAAACGAGUUCAAACGUCAAAGUUUUGGAUGACGGCUGGACGGUGGUUGCUAGUGACGGCAAACUGACUGCUCACUACGAAGAAACAAUUUUAAUCGAACAUGGCCGAGCGGUCGUUUUAACCCAAGAAGGGGGUGAAGCAGAUGGCUAA